AUAUUGGUCUUGUUCAAGUCUGCCCAUGGCUUUUUUGAUGAAGAAAAAGAAGUUCAAAUUUCAAACCAGUUUCACUCUGGAGGAGCUAACUGCUGUCCCUUUCGUGAAUGGUGUCCUAUUCUGCAAAAUUAGAUUGCUGGAUGGAGGAGAUUUUGCAACUCUUUCUUCGAGAGAAGAGGUUCAGGAAAAUUGUGUACGCUGGAAGAAGAAAUUCACCUUUGUCUGCAAAAUGAGUGCUAAUCCUGCCACAGGCCUCCUGGAUCCCUGUAUCUGCCGCGUGUCUGUCCGCAAGGAACUGAAAGGCGGAAAAACCUACUCCAAGCUGGGUUUUGCUGAUCUGAAUCUGGCGGAAUUUGCUGGCUCUGGGUUCACUGUCCGAUGCUGCUUGCUGGAGGGGUACGAUACCAAGAAUACACGGCAGGAUAAUUCCAUCUUGAAGGUGAUGAUUGGAAUGUCCCUGCUCUCUGGAGACCCCUGCUUCAAAACGCCUCCGUCCACAGCCAAAUCUAUUAGCAUCCCAGGGCAGGACUCCACCCUGCAGUUGACCUGUAAAGGUGAAGGUACCAGCAGCAGCAGCACACCUGCCACAAUUGGCUCCGUCCGUCAGAACAAGCCCAGGCCCACCAUCCUUGGCUCAGGUGUCCCAGAGGAACCAGACCAGAACCUGUCCAGUCCAGAGGAAGUAUUCCACUCAGGGCAUUCGCGGAACUCCAGUUAUGCCAGCCAGCAAUCCAAGAUCUCUGGCUACAGCACCGAGCACUCGCGGUCCUCCAGCAUGUCUGACCUGACCCACCGGCGGAAUACCUCCACCAGCAGCAGUGCCUCUGGAGGCCUCAGCAUGACGGUUGAGUGCCCUGAGGGUGAGAGAGAACACAAGAUGGAGAAACCCCCUCGCCCGCCAAGACCAAACCUCCUGUUAGACAGAUCGUCCAGGAGGAAAAAGGAUUCUGUGGAAAGUCAUCCCACUUGGGUGGACGACACCAGGAUCGAUGCUGACGACAUAGUGGAGAAAAUCAUGCAGAGUCAAGACUUCACAGACGUCAGCAACACAGAAGAUAGUAACCUGAGGCUGUUUGUAAGCAGAGAUGGCACAACCACGUUGAGCGGGAUUCAGCUUGCAAACAGGGUCUCAUCUGGAGUUUACGAGCCAGUGGUAAUCGAAACCCAUUAAAUGUGAAACGGCCAGGGUGGACCUGCUGGAAAUGGUCACCUCCCCAACCAAACCCACGUCGGAUGCCAAUUUCUCCUCUUCAACUUUUUCUCUUCACACAACAUU